AUGCGCCCUGUGCCACCGUUUCGAUGUAACCAGAUCGAAACAAGCAAACUAGCCAAAGAAUGGCGUGCUUGGAAGGAGUCUCUUGAGUGCUACUUUGCUGCUUAUGGAAUAACAGAUCAAAAAGUCAUGCGAGCGAAGCUGUUACAUUUGGGCGGACCAGCCCUGCAAACUGUCUUCAAAAAUCUUAAAGAUCACGACGCCGUACCAGUUGUAGCACUCAAUUGGGGAUUUGAUGCAGCCAUCGAGAAGUUGGACGAGUUUUUCGAACCAAGGCACUUGAGUACAUCAGAGCGGAGAAAGUUGCGACAAAUGAAGCAAAAGUCUAAUGAGCGAUUUGCAGAUUACGUUAUUCGUUUGAAGCAACAGGCGGCAGAAUGUGGAUUUGAAAAGUACGGCCCAGAGAUUUCGAAGGUGCUCACCGAUAUUUACCUGACGGAUGCCGUGGUCGAAGGGUGUACUUCUAACGAGGUUCGGAGGAGAGUUUUGUUGAAAGAUCUUCCAUUCGGUGAAAUCGAAGCCCUCGGCAUAUCACAAGAGGGAGUCGACCAACAGGUCGAAGAAAUUGUUUCGUCGAAGCCACCGGAGAAGAUCUACAAGGUUCAACAGCUUCCAUCAAACUCGAAAGACGCCAAGAAGUUGCAAGUCAGAGCAGCAUUAGGCUGUUACAACUGCGGACGAAAAGGGCAUAUUGCGGCUGCCUCAUCGUGUCCAGCACGUGGCAAGCAGUGUCGAAAUUGCAGAAGUUAUGGACACUUCGAGAAAAUGUGCCGUAAACGGAAGAGCGAUACCUUGCAGCAACCGAACGAGUCUCAAGUGCGUGCAGUGACGAAGUUGGAGACAACGGGCACCGAAGAAUCAAACAAGCAUGAUCCGACGAAUGCUCAUGAGAAAGUCUACUACGCAUUUUACACUGGGAACGAGGAGAACAUCAUCCAGUGUAAAGUGGGCGGUGUGAAGUUGGAUAUGCUGGUCGAUUCAGGAUCUGACGCAAAUUUGGUCAGUGAUGCGGCAUGGACUGAGCUGAAAGCACGAAACGUCUCCGUGUUUUCAUCUACGAAAGGAUCGGCUCGCAUAUUGAAAGCUUAUGGAAGUGACCGACCUCUGAAUAUACUUGGAUCGUUUGAAGCUGUUAUCACUGUUGAACAUCGGCAUACACGUGCAGAGUUUUUGGUCGUUGAAGGAGGACAGCGAUGCCUACUCGGCGAUGCCACCGCAAAGGAGUUGGGAGUUUUGCGUGUUGGGCUGCAGGUAAAUCGUUUGGAGGAAGCAGUUGUACCGUUCAAUAAAAUGCAAGGAAUAAAGGCGCAAAUUCACUUGAACCCGGACGCUGUCCCUGUCUUUCAACCAGUACGAAGGAUUCCGGUGCCGCUAGAAGAAGCGGUGAAUCGAAAAAUUGAUCAACUACUCCGACGGGACAUAAUUGAACCGAAAGUGGGCCCGACUAGUUGGGUAUCCCCGCUGGUUAUUGUCGGCAAAGCAAAUGGCGAACCACGUUUGUGCCUAGACCUGCGUAGAGUCAACGAGGCGGUGUUGAGGGAGCAUCAUCCAAUGCCUGUCGUUGACGACUACAUCAUGCGCUUAGGAAGAGGUCGAGUUUGGAGUAAGUUGGACAUCCGAGAGGCAUUCCUGCAGGUGGAACUUGCAGAGGAAUCACGGGAUGCCACUACAUUCAUCACAAGCCGUGGACUGUUCCGCUUUAAGCGCCUUCCUUUCGGCUUGGUGACCGCGCCGGAACUAUUCCAGAAGGCCAUGGAUGAGAUCCUGGCCGGAUGCCCUGGGACCCACUGGUAUUUGGACGAUGUCAUCGUGAAGGGUAAAGACGUGAAGGAACACGACGAGCGCCUAGACAAGGUAGCGUGA